AGCCGCUGACUCUUUUGUCUUCAAGGUAAAGACUUGUUGCCAUCCGGUGGGAGUUUAUCACGCUUUGCAAAUGUUUGGGACAGUGUAGGAUCUUUGAGGGAGUGUUGAUCUUGUGAAAAUCCUCACGCUAUUUUUUGUGAUGCUGCUUCAAAUGUGAAAUGAGCUUGAUGGUAUUAAACCUCCCCGCUUCUGUGCCACCACAGGAAACUUUUGUAUGACAAGUUGAAUAAUCAGCUGCAAUGGCUUGGAUGAAAAUUACUAGCACACGUCAGUGCUACUCCUUGCUACUUCGUUAGCACAUUAGCACAUGCUGUUGUUGUGAUCACAUUGGUUCUAUCUGGUGCAUGCUGGAGUGGAGCCUGGAAUCAACUGCUUGUAUCGGAGUGCCAGUAUCAAAGAUUUUAGAUGCAGGACGAUCUUUUAUUUGCCGAUAUUGGGCCGAUAUCUAUCUACUAUAAAGAUAUCUCCAUUUUGGACUGGGACACCCUUAACAGUAAGCAAGGAAUACAUGUGAGUUUGAGUAUGACUGAUUUAGAUUUAGUCUUCCAUGGUGUCAUUGUCAGUGUAGACCAAGCAGGAGCUAUGUGUGCUAUUUUUAGCAUGAAGGAUCCAACUGCCGUGGUGUGAACAGGUGGACAGCAAACCAGCAACGUGACCUUUACUUGCCAACUGCCUUUCAUUCUUGCAAACCAUCUAGCGAGCCGCUUCCUAUCCAUACAUCCAUAUCUGGGCUCCAAAGCCGACUUACCUGGGGGCUGCUGGAGCUGGAGUCUGAGUGAGGCUUCAGCAUCAUCUUUCCAUCAAGUCAUUAUCUUGUCAACAAACACCACCAAAAACCGUCAUGAGCAUGAGCUAUGGCACAAGUCAUUCAAAAAAUGUUAAACGUAAAUCUAUAUACAGUAUCUCUAUGGCGUCCUUGAGUUUUACAGCAGAUGGUCAGAGGCACCAGUUUGCUUUAAGGAGGUUGUUUUUUGUUUGGGUAAGCAGAAGCACUUGAGCUUGCUUAAAGGAAGUUGUUCUUUAUUUGGGUCAGCAGAAGCCAAAACCAAACUUGCAAUGAGCUCGUCUUCACAUAAGAAACAGCAGGAGGUCAUUACUCAACAUAACAACCUGACUAACAAUGUCAUUAAACAAAUAACGCAAUCACCAUCACACAGCAACUUCAACACACACACAGGACAACAACCACUACAACUACUAGUACCACUGCAGGAUAAUGAACAAGUAGUGUAUUUUUCAGACUAUAAGUCAAAAAUAGUCAUUUUCUGGGUGUAUGACUGACUUAGAAGCCCAUGUGUUUGGACACGAUAUCAUCAAUGAAGCACAAUCAUCAUAACCAUCAUAAAGAUGCGUAUGAAAAUGAUGUCAGCGUGUGAAAGGUGAUGAUGAUCCAGCAGAUGCUAAAGGAACAACUCAACAUGCUAGCUUAACUUGGCCAGCUCGGGAGACGUCACUCCAAUUACUUUCUUCACAUUCGUCUCUAUAUUACUGUUCGGAAGCCCAUCAUGGAAGAAGCCGACCUGCUGAAGGAACGCCUCCAGGCGAUCACGGAUAAAAGGAGAAUCCAGGAAGACAUUGUCAAGAAAAGAAGACAGAUAGAGGAGGAUAAACUCAAACUCCAGUACAUAAAGAAGAAGACCCUCAGGGAGCAAUGGCUGAUGGACGGUUUGAGUCAGCAGUCAGGAGAGGAGCAGGAGGCCAUGAGGCUUCAGGUCCAGGAUGAACAGCAACAAAGCGAUCAGCUGCAGACCGACAUUGACAGGAUGGAAAAGGAGAUUGGGGCCUUAGAAACAGAGGAGCUCAACAUCUCAGCCAAUGAGGAAUUUGUUCUGAAGCGAUUAAAAGAAGUGGAGAGGACUGCUGAGGACAUCAUCAAGAAAGCUACUUCAGAGAAGGAAGAAGCAGGUAGACAUGAACUAAAAGCUUUCAGCAGUUCUGAGAAUAACAAGUUAGAAUUUGUCACCAUGGAAACCAGCGAUCCAGCAGAACUGGCAGCGGGGAGCAAGGAGGAGGUCACUGUGGCUGAUGUACCUGAGAAAGAAAUCACCUUCAGUGUCGACAGUGAAAACAUUUGUAUGAAUACAGACACAUCUGAUUUCCAUGAUGAAUCACGUUCUGGCAAAUCCUCAACCAACCCGACAAGCACCUCCGGCUGCACUGAGCCUCGUGUGUGUAGUGAUGAACAGGAAGCCUUGACAUUUGAAGAAGGACACACGGAGCUACACAGAAACGAGUCAAUGGCUUCUUCUGUGUCUGAUACGCUUUCCAGCGCUGAGAGUGUUUAUGAAAAUGAGGCUCAAUGUAAGACACAGCGAACAUCAGAAGAACCAGAGUAUGACUUAGAGCCAAAGGAAUACUCCAACCCAGACAGUCUCCAGGAAACACAGGAACACCCUCAGGUAGAGCAAGACACUCAGAUGGAGCAUUACCCAGAUCUACACCAAUUCUCGGAUGAGGAUUAUCAACCUAAUCUCUGCAACGAUGACUUCCAGAAUUUGGAAGUAGAUGCAGAUUGCGACGCUGAAUACCCUGAAAUGCUUUGUGAAAGCCCCAUCCCCGAGGAAUUAAUGCUAGUCCAAAGCAUGAGAGAAGAUGUCAUGUCAGACGUAUCCAGCGAAUCCUGUCGUCUUGACCCUGAUGAGGUCAAUGAAUGUCUAAGAGUUGAAAUUGCAGCAGUAUCAUCUGAUAGUGAGACGGAUGAAAAAUGGAGAACAAUAUUUUCCUCCUCUAUAAAUAAAGAAGAUGACGACUCCUAUUUGGACAGUCUUCAGUUGAGUGCCCAGGAGCUCUUUGUGCAAAAAGUUGAGGUGAUUGACUUUGAAGAACAAGAUGACGACCACUACGACGAAGUCCAAUUUAAUUUUCCACAAGUUGAAGUACUGCUCCAACAACCAGAUACUGCUUCUUUAUCCACCCUGUCACAAGAAGUGAAAUGUACCUCAUUAGGCCCGCAAAGUCUGUUCAAAAUCUCUGAAGAUGAAAAUGAAAAUGGGAAAGAUGACAGUGGCACUCAGGGACAACUCUCCCAGAACACCAUGCCGGAUCCCAGCAGAAAACUGCCCAAGGACUUUUGUGUGAUACAAGAAACUAAGAGUGUCAACGUGAGCACCGAGCAUGUGGACUUCCAACUGGCUCGUCAGCAGUGGCGAGCGAUGGAAGAGCAAACCAAGAACAAAGUAUUGGUCCCUUCAACCAAGCAGAGCAGCUUCCAUUGCAGCCACAACUGCAUGUACACACCAGUCCGGAACAUCCAAAGAACAAACAGAAAAUCACAGGAGCUGGAAAACCUGACUCUUGUCCGGGAUUAUACACUUACCCAAUUUAGCCCAUGCUCCGAAGACUCGGGCUUGGGCGAUUCCAGCUACAGAUCUCCUAACGAUGACCUUGAAACACCAGUUGAAAAAGAGAUUCGGCUGUCGAUGGAAAGAGAGGAGAAUUUCAGGAAAGAGAGGGGUCUGUCCAGGAUGGGCAAGUCAACAGACACUCCAUCACAAGGUAUCCCGAGAUCCAUCAGCGCUCCAUUGACCCCAUCGUUUAUCAUUACCUCCUCGCCCACAAAGGAACCCCUGAAAGCGUCCCCAACAAAUAUUAUCGUUCUCGACCCGAGCAGUGAGGUCAACUCCAGCCCCGCAUGUGCUGAAUGGUGCACUGAGGACAGCAGCUCUAAUCUCAUCAUUUUAGAGACGUCCAACUUGAUUAUCCGCAGUGCUUCAGACUUCUCCCUCAACAAAGCCUGUGAGCCACAGGAGAAAAUGUUCACCAGCAACCCCUUUUUCAAGUUACGCUCCAGAAGCACCAUGUCGCUGGUGGACGAGGAGAUCAGGAUAGUGAAGCAGAGGGAGGAAGAGCUCAGGAAGGAGAGGGCUCAUCUGUACAGCAAAGGGAGGAUGCUGUCAUUGGAUUAUUCAGCUGCUUUGCCAGUCAAGUGCAAGUCCUCUCCAUCAUCGCCAAUGAAAACUGCCAAGAUGGAUCGUUCCACUCUGUCCUGCGAUCACAGGUUUCUAGACGGUUACACGGGCGGAAGACGCAAGAGUGCCAUGGCUCUGCGCUGGGAGGCAGGAGAGUUUACUAAAAAUGACCAAGAAUAAAAUCAUAUUCCAUCAAUAUUCAUCAGUGUUGAAAGCAGUGCUGCAGAUGCUCAUCCUAUUUUGUGAUCAAUAUCAAAUCAGUGUUUGAAUAUUGCUUUCAAGGUCGCAUCAUUGUUGAAACGUUUGUUUGUACGGAGGGUGCAGAGCUUUGACAAAACAAAAUGUUUACAAAAAAAGACUCACCUUGAUUUCAGAUAUUUCAUCUUGCAAGAAGCUUUCCAAUUUUUGUGAUGCAAAAUCACACAUGAGGCUUUUGCUUUUGUAUCGUAUAUAAAAAGCAGUUGAUGUAUGUGUUAUAUGACGAUAUGUGGCGUUGCAUUAUUCCUCUGCUCCACAUUGACUGUCAAAAGGAGUCAACUUUUCAGUAAGGAACAAAAGCCAGAGCCUUGCAUCGAACUUAGCUGCCAAAACAUGCUAAUAAGGUUCAUGGUUGGGGGGCGGGGUUGCCUUGAUUUUUUUUUUUUUUUAGCAUAAGCCAUGUAGAUAUGCUCGUACGUAUAUAGAUAUAUGAUAUGACAUAUCAUGUAUAUUUUAAGAAAAAGCAGCCUUCAUGUCAACUUUGUGUUGUAGGUGACAAUUAUUAUUAUUAAUUGUAUUAUUACUAAUAACUUUUUACCACAUUAUAUUACAUUAUGCCUUUUUGCUUUUUUUCAGCUGUUGUUUUCUUGUUUGAUUGCAUUUUUAGAAUAAAGCUGCGGGCUAAUAAGAGACAAGCGUGGACAAAUAGCCCCUGGUUAUGUAGAAAUAUAAUACCUGUAGAGAAAUAUUCUUAGUGAGAAAAUAGGAAGUAGAUUUUGAUGGAUGUUGACGGUGCACAACAAUCUUGUCCUUCCUUUAUCUUUUUUUUUUUUUUUAAUGCAGAGCCUUUGGUCCCUUGACAAAAAUACCAGCAUAAGCAAACUCCAUUAAAAUGCAGGGGCUUAUUUUGGAAGGGGGGGCCGGGUGUCAAAGUGUUGAACCACAAGUGUGGACACAGCCUCAGCAAACAAAAGAGAAGUUGUGAUGCUAAUUAUGGGCCUGCAAAGCAAAGCACAGUCGCCUAGUAUCUAUUAUUACUCUUACUUAUUAUAUAUUGCUUUUUUAUAAUAACAAUAAUAAUAGUAACACACAUUCUUUGUAAUGUCUUUUUAUCCAAAGAUCUCAAAGGGCUACAGGUUACAAAGGCAAAAAACACCUCUUUUUUGGAAGGGGAAAUAAAACAGGACAAAAAAUAAAAAGGUUUAAAAGAACAUCUAAGAGGGGGACGGCAAACGUUUUGCUAAAAACAAAUUUCUUUAGAACUUUUUUUUUUAAAACAGUUGAUUGUGGUGCCCCCAAAGUAUACCCUGGUCCUGAGGUAUGCCCCCUGGUCCUGAGGUAUCCCCCCUGGUCCUGAGGUAUCCCCUGGUCUUAAGGUAUCCCCCUGGUCCUAAGGUAUCCCCCCGGGUGCUGAGGUAUCCCCCCCUGGUCCUGAAGUAUACGCCCUGGUCCUGAGGUAUACACUCUGGUCCUGACGUAUCCCCUGGUCCUAAGAUAUCCUCCCUGGUCUUAAGGUAUCCCCCCUGGUCCUACGGUAUUCCCCCCUGCUCCUGAGGUAUACGCCCUGGUCCUGAGGUACCCCCCCCUGAUGCUGAGGUAUCCCCUCUGCUCUUAAGGUAUUCCCCACUGGUCCUAGCUAUCUCUGGUCCUAAGGUAUCCCUGCUGGUCCUAAGGUAUCCCCUCUGGUCCUAAGGUAUCCCCUCUGGUCCUGAGGAAUACCCCCUGGUCUUAAGGUAUCCCCCCUGCUCCUAAGGUGUUCCCCCCUGGUCCUGAGGUAUACUCCCUGGUCCUAAGGUAUUCCCCCUGGUCCUAAGGGAUCCCCCACUGGUCCUAGGGUAUCUCUCUGGUCCUAAGGUAUCCCCUUUAGUCGUAAGGUAUCCUCCCUGGUCGGAAGGUAUCCCCUGUGGUCCUAAGGUAUCCCCUCUGGUCCUAAGGUAUCCUCCCUGGUCCUAAGGUAUCCCCUCUGGUCGUAAGGUAUCCCCCACUGGUCCUGAGGUAUUCCCCCUGGUCCUAAGGUAUCCCCUCUGGUCCUGAGGUAUCCCCCUGGUCCUGAGGUAUCCAACUGGUCCUAAGGGUUCCCCCCGUGGUCCUAAGGUAUCCCCCCUGCUCCUAAGGUGUUCCCCCCUGGUCCUGAGGUAUACUCCCUGGUCCUAAGGUAUUCCCCCUGGUCCUAAGGUAUCCCCCACUGGUCCUAAGCUAUACCCUCUGGUCCUCAGGUAUCCCCCACUGGUCCUGAGGUAUCCCCCCUUGUCUUAAGGUAUCCCCUUUGGUCCUAGAGUAUCUCUCUAAUCCAAAGGUAUCCCCUCUGGUCCUAAAGAAUCCCCUCUGGUUCUAAGGUGUCCCCUCUGGUCCUAAGUUAUCCCCCACUGGUCCUAAGUUAUCCACCACUGGUCCUAAGGUAUCCCCUCUGGUCCUCGGGUAUCUCCCACUGGUCCCGAGGUAUUCCCCCUGGUCCUCAGGUAUCUCCCAUUGGUCCUGAGUUAUCCCUCCUGGUCCUAAGGUAUCCCCCUUGUCCUAAGGUAUCCCCCACUGGUCCUAGAGCAUCUCUCUGGCCCUAAGGUAUCUCUCUGGUCCUGAUGUAUCCCCACUGGUCCUAAGGUAUUUCCCCCCCUCCACCACCAUCGGAGGGUGGAUCGGAGGGAACAUGUUGUGUUUUGGGUGCUAAGAAGUUGUUUGAGGUGUGGGGGGUUUGUUCAUAGAUACAUUUUUGUGUGUGAGGAGGGAAAGCUUGUAGUCAAUCUUGGUGAAACGGGUAGCCAGUAGAGUGAGCAGACUUUAGGGGUGAUGUGCUCAUCGGGAUCCUAGCUGCAGAGUUUUGGAAGUAUUGGAGCCUCUGCAAGCGUUUGCUUGAGAUCCCAAUGCCAGGUGUGUUCUAAUAGUCCAGCAUGGGGAAGAUAAAGCCAGGGACCAGCUUGUCAGCAUCUGAGGCAGAGAAUAGGGCGGUGUUUGGAAAUGUUGCAAGGUGCUAUCUUAUAUCUUAUUCUAUUAUUUAUUUCUAAUUUGAAGAUGAUGCUGAUCAACGAAGCAGUCAUCGAUUGUGGAGCCCAUCCAUACCAUAUAGGAAUCUAGACGAUUUAGAAAACUAAAAUAUAUGACAUUGUAAAAUGUACGUCUAGUGUGUUUCCAAAAGCAGGUCUUGGAAAAGAGAGGUAGUCUCUGAACAUUCAGGGUAAAGAUGAACAGUAUGUAUGAAAUAUCACUGGAAUAAAGGACUCGCACACAGGAGAUCGGAGAUCUGCAAAAUCACAACAAAAACACUUUGCAACAUAACUGGGCUCUGAAUUUUGUCCCUUCUUGUGCGACACCACCGAUAUGUCUUUCACCAUGUGACAUGCCUUGUGACUUCUGUACUGGUGUGUGAAUGUAAGACUGAUGUAUGGUGCUGUAUAUUCACGAGCACUUACGUAUGUAUUGAAAUGAAAAGCCAAUGAUGGUUUAUGUUCAUUAAGGCGGAUUGGUACAGCGUCUGCAGUGAUGUGGACUCUACAUCGGUCCAUUGUGGUGAGGAGGGGGCUGAGCCGAAAGGCAAAGAUCUCCACUUACGGGUCCAUGUACGUUCCUACCCUCACCUAUGGUCACAAGCUUUGGGUAGUGACCCAAAGGACAAGUUAGCGGGUGCAAGCGGCCGAAAUGACUUUUCUCCGUAGGGUGGCUGGUUUCUCCCUUAGAGAUAAGUUACGAAGCACUGUCAUGAGGGAGAAACUCGGAGUAGAAGCGCAGCUCCGCAUUGAGAGGAGCCAGAUGAGGUGGCUCAAGCAUCUGGUCAGAAUGCCUCCCGGACGCCUCCCUGGGGAGGUGUUCAGGGUGCAUCCGACCGGUAGGAGGCCUCGGGGUAGACCCAGGACACGUUGGAGAGACUGUCUCUCAACUGGCCUGGGAACGCCUUGGGAUCUGCCAGGAAGAACUGGAAGAAGUAGCCGGGGAGACGGAAGUCUGGGCUUGCCUGCUUAGGCUGCUGCCCCGUGACCCGACCUCGGAUUAGCAGAAGAAGUUGGAUGGAUGGAGGGAUGGAUGGAUGGAUAGAUGUUCAUUAAGUAUGAAUUGUAUUUUUCUACUGUGCCUGUUUGCUAAAGGUGACCAAGCACCAACUGACUGGAGUCCGUUAGCACUCAAAGAUAAAGAAAAAGCAAAGUUUGUAUGGCGGAAGUGGAGUCAACACAACAAGUGAAUAUUCCACUUCCAGUGCUGAUGCAAAAGAAUGAAUUGAUAGAAAUAUUUAUUGUGUAUUCCAUUUGAAGCACUACUAGCUCACACGUUGCUUGCAUAUGUCGUAACAUUCUGUGAACGCUUUUGUGUCCAUUCUUGUUAUUGCCCAUGCAAGUGAGACGAUUGUGCAACAAUAAAAUAUCAUACCAACCUAAA